AUGGUGUCCCCUCACCGCCAGGAUGAAUUUCCAUCCGAGACCACGUGGUGGUGGAUGGAUUCAAUCUGCAUCAACCAGAAGGACCAGAUAGAACGAAGCACCCAGGUUGAGCUUAUGGGAAGGAUCUACCAGAUCGCUGCCCGGGCCACCGUGAUAUGGCUGGGAGAGGAGUAUGAAGACAGCGCAGAAGCUAUCAAGUUUCUCCACGACUUGGGGUGGCAGGAUUCCAUGAGCCCGGCGCAGGUGAAACAAAUUCAGAGCAGAAAGAAUAGCUGGAAGGCCGUGGAGAGUCUGCUCUCGAGGAAGUGGUGGGAGCGGAUGUGGACGCUGCAGGAGUUCCUCCUAUGUCAGGAGGCUGCCUUCUACUGUGGGCGCAGUACGAUUACCCGCGAAGACAUGCAUGCUGGUGUGAUUGGGGUCUGGAGAUGGCAGCAGCGCGACAACUCGCUCAUCCAGAGAAGGGUUUACGAGAAGGCCUGGAAUCGCUUUCGGCUGUUGGAGUGGUACGACCAGAUCAAGGACAACAUGCCUCUCGUCGGCACUAUGGCUUACACCGCCACCUUACGUGCCACCGAUAAGAAGGAUAGACUGUAUUCGUUGCUCGGAGUCGUCGCCGCUAAAGAUAGAAAAAUCGUUGGUAGGCCCGACUACCAGUCUCCCACUAGUCUCGUCUAUGCGUAG